AUGGGUGAGAGAAGAGGCAAUGGUGCAAGUACUAUUAUAAUGUUACUAUUAUGUAUGUUUGUAUUUUAUUCUAAGAUGAUUUAUGCAGAGACACAUAUUGUUGGUGAUGAACAUGGUUGGACCUUUAAUAUUGAAAAUUGGCCUGCAGAAACAACUUUCAACGCAGGUGACAUACUUGUAUUUAAUUACGACCCUUCAAAAGAUAGUGUGGUGAAAGUGACCGAGAAUAAUUAUAAUACAUGUUAUGUUCGAGAAAUUGAGUUUUAUAAGUCUGGAGCCGAUAGAAUUACACUUGUUAAGGGAGGAAACUACUUCAUAAGUGGCGAGCCUGGUCAUUGUGAUGCUGGACAGAAAAUUGCAAUCAUUGCUAAUUAA